AUAAUGUCUAUCGUUGGUGGAAUGGCGAUACAAAAACAAAAAAGAUUAUUAGCUAAGCAACCCAACAUAAUUAUUGGUACACCUGGACGAUUUUGGGAAGUAUUUUCUGAGAAUCAUGAUUACAUUCAGACUCUUCGUCAUAUCAAAUACUUAGUAUUAGAUGAAGCGGAUCGAAUGCUUGAAACUGGUCAUUUUAAAGAAUUAGAUAAUAUCCUCACCAUUUUAUCUCGAAACUGGCAGCAAAAUACGAGUGAAUGGAAUGAUGAUGGGGAAAUUGUAAUAAAUGAAACAAAAGCAACUUUGGAUAGUAAUUUGAAUGAAAAUUUGAAACAUAAAUGGAGGAACAAUUCAAGAAAAAAAGAUCAAAAAUCUAAAGGAACAAUGGCCGAGUUGAUGCAAAGAUUAGAGUUUUAUGAUCCUGAUCCAAUAUUUAUAGAUAUUACACCAAAAGAUUCUGUAGCGGAAACACUUCAAGAAUCUAAAAUUGAUUGUUUGGUUAAAGAUAAGGACCCAAAAGCUGUAAUGGUUGCUAGUGAUGUAGCAGCUCGUGGAUUAGAUAUUCCUCUCAUUGAUCAUGUGAUACAUUAUCAACUGCCACGUUCUGGAGAUAGAACUAAUUUAGCAAAACAGAUUGAUCAAGAACAACACAAACUACAAAAAGUUCCAGAAGAAUUUGGGAUAGAAUUAGAUGAAGAUCUACAAUUAUUAUCACAACCAUUGGUUCCACGCGGUAUCUCAACAAAAUAUUUAACAAGUGGUAUCGUUCGUGAUUUAGCUGAUAGAUUAUUAGAUGAAUCGUCACAUAAUAAUCAGAUAAUGGGAGUAAAAAGGACAAAAGCGACAGAUGAUUUUAAAUCAAGAAAAUCUUCGAAAAAGAAACGAAAGAUUUCUUCAUGA